AUGGAGGAAGACACCAACUUGGAGGGCAGCGCGCCGGCCUCCCCAGGCGUCCACCCGGAUGCAGUACGCAGUCGACUUCGCCAUGGCUCUAUCAGCCGAGUAAGGCUAAUAGACGGUGGAGAGACUGCUUGUAAUGAUGCCAACUGUGGACUACGCGCGAUGUGCGUCGAUGACAGCUCCGAUGCUUCCGCGAGUGGACCUGUGGUGCUGGAUGCAAUCAAGACCAGCUCGGAGGACGCCAUUGGUGCCACCCACCUCGAUGUAUUUGCGCAACUACACGAUGGCGAUGAGAGCGCCGUUGCCAUGUCUAUCGAUGAAAGACAGAGAGGACCCAUCCAGGAAAAAGUUGUGGUCCGUACCGACUUCCUUGCGACGCUGAAGGCCCAACGGUCCCGGACAGCGUACAAGAAGACGUUGCGUUGCAGUCCUGAUUUAUCUGACGCACUGAACACACAGUACGCGUUUGAUAUCGGCCUCGCUGUCUUGUUCACGUAUUACGGCAACGGUAGUGGGAUCGAUGGUGAUGGGAUUGGGGGUGCUGCUGCGCAACUUGGAAUGUCACGGACGGUCGCUGGUGUUUACAUCAAGAGGCUAGAAGACUUGCUGUAUGACAUGAUGCCCGAUGUCAUUUACUUUCCAGCUCCUAGUGCUGUAGAUGAGUGGGAUGACUUAGUGGAGGGGUUCGUCCAACGUGGAAGUGAUUUUCCUGAUGUUGCAUGCGUUUUUGAUGGCACUAUUAUUCACACGCGUCGCCCCCGGGAUCACAUGGUCAGUAAUGCUGUGUUUGGGUACUAA